GCCUGAGCCUCACCACACUCGCUCCGAGGAUCUCUCUUAUAACAACAACACGCGCGCGUUGCGACCGUCGCCGCCCUCGGCCUCUCGUACCCCAGUGUCGGUUCGGUGCUAAGUGCAAUCACGUGAUUAUAACGCGGGGACAGAUAUGUGAAUCGAAACCUGUGCCCGCAAACAGUAAAUAUGCGACACAAUGAAUCCGCGCGCAAAAUGAAAUAGUUAGAGUGAGCGGUGGCCCCCGGCAUGAGGUCGGGGGAAGGCGAGGGCUCCGAGCUGGCGGAGUUCGGCACGCGCUGGCCGCCGCCCUACGCGCAGGGCUACGGCUGGCGCUCCGCCACGCCUCAGCACCCGCCUGCACAUCAUCUCGCGAGGCAUUCGCGCUCGCAGCAGUGGUUGCAGGACAACCGGCAGAGCUAUGAGGCGGAGGAUGCGCGAGCGCGUGCUCGCGGCGGGGUGUACUACUCGCCGCCGGGCACCUCGUACACCAUCGUGGAGCGGCCGGCCUCCUCGCACGGUCAUCACCCCGCCUACUCGCACCACUACUCGGGGAAACUGGCUCGGACCCCCUAUGUCGGAUCCUCAACGUUAGUUAAUAGUGCAGCCGGUGCAACAAGUUUAAGAAACAGUACAAACCACCUCAGCGCUUCCAAUGGCAAGAAGAGGCCGAUAUCACCGGAGCAAGUGCUACGAUUGUUUGGGCAGGGCGGUGCGGCGGCGCUGGGGAAGGCGCUACCGCCGUCGCACCCGCCGGCGCCGCUGCCCGCUCCUCUGCCUGCGCCUUUGCCAACUCGACGGCAUUCUCCAGCCAGCAGUCCUAGCAGUACUACACAUCAUGCGAUAUAUCGAGGUGCGGAGCGUGAAAGGCCGUACUCCUCGGGCGGAGCGCCGGCGCCGCCGACGGAGCCGGCCACCCGCACAGUCACCAUGAGCCGGGACCCCGCGGAUUCGCACGGCUUCGGGAUUUGCGUCAAAGGAGGUAAAGAAGCAGGUGUCGGAGUGUAUAUAUCAAGGGUGGAAGAAGGUUCAGUAGCAGAGCGCGCAGGGCUUCGCCCCGGAGACUCUAUAUUGCAAGUCAAUGGAACUCCUUUCUCCGGAAUAUCACAUGAGGAUGCACUAAAGAUGCUAAAAUCAUGUCGUCAACUGACGAUGGUGGUACGGACAGCUGGUGCGCUGGUUGGUCGUGCAUCGUGCUCUUGGAUGGACCGCUACGGCCGGCCAGCGUCGCCGCCGCCGCUGCGCCCGCCGCGCUCAGCUAGCAAGGACCGAUCGAUACGAAGAGUGGAUCUAUGUAUCGAGCCGGGACAGUCACUGGGGCUGAUGAUAAGAGGAGGCUUGGAGUACAAUCUUGGCAUUUACAUCACGGGAGUGGACAAAGACUCCGUUGCUGAUAGAGCUGGACUUAUGGUAGGGGAUCAGAUAUUAGAAGUGAAUGGGCAGUCCUUCGUAGAUGUGACACACGAUGAAGCAGUCGCACAAUUAAAGUACCACAAAAGAAUGUCUUUGCUGGUCAGGGACGUCGGCAAGGUGCCUCAUGCCUGUACAGCGUAUGGGGAACGGGAAGCGGCCCCCAGAAUAAGCGGUUGGGGUAGACGGAGAGGAGCUGCAGCCGUAGCUGUAGAACAGAAAGCCAAGUCUUUGUUGCCACAAAGUGAUUUGCCUGCACUUGCCUAUUACAUGGAGGAAUACGCAACGAGAAGGCUCACGCCAGACUCCUUUCUGACGGUGCUGAGAGAUCUGCUGGAUACUCCACAAAAGUACUCACUUCUGACGGAAAUUCGGGAGUUUCUGUUACCCGAAGACAGGCCGAGGUUUGAUGAAUUGGUAUACAGGAGAGAUGAACCGCCACCCGACCACCAUUUAAAGCGCGGCGGCGAGCGCCACAUGCUGCCGUCUUCGACAAUGCAUGAUCUACACGACCCGGAGGUGCCGCCGGAGGUCCCUCUAGUGGUGGACCACCGCUCGCCCUCUGAGGACUCCGGCUUGGGUCUUCCGCCCCACGACACCUACAGGAGCGGGCGCGCCUGGCGGGCGACCGACGCGCCACCAAUGGACGACGACCUGGAGCCCCCGCACGAGGAGUACGAGGAAGAGGGUCGACGUUCGAGGCGGCACUCGUCACCAUGUAAUUCACGAGAAGGGAGCACCACUGCGCUACACACGCAGCACUAUGAUGACACUGACCAGUGCGGCUACCUCGAGGGGCUGCGCUCAUCACUCGGUGGCUGGACGCAGAAAGUUAAAUCAUGGUACUGGGGACGACCUCUAGAACUAGCACACAAAUUAUCGCGUAGUUUCGACAUGAAAGAAGAGGGAGGUGCAUUGUUAGAAGAUCGGGGAGGCAUACGAAGGCACCAAUCUAUGCAACGAUUACAACACGGGGAAGGCCAAGGGGAUGAGAGUCGUUCUGCAAGAGUCGUGCCAGACCAUCAUGGGAAUCUACACAUUACUGUCAAGAAGACUAAACCAAUCCUGGGUAUUGCUAUUGAAGGCGGGGCGAACACUAAACAUCCGCUACCGAGGAUCAUUAAUAUUCAUGAGCACGGUUCAGCGUACGAGGCGGGCGGCUUGGAAGUGGGUCAAUUAAUACUCGCGGUGGACGGACAUCGCGUCGAGGGAAUGCAGCAUCAGGAAGUGGCCAGGCUUAUAGCCGAAUCGUUUGCGCAGAGAGAUAAACCAGAAAUCGAGUUUCUAGUUGUGGAGGCAAAAAAAUCGAACCUUGAACCAAAGCCAACCGCACUAAUAUUUCUGGAGGCCUAACAUCUACUGUCCCUCCCCGCCAGCGACCCGCCGGCCGCGCUGGGCAGCGCGACGCCGGGGGUCGACCUCACCGCGCACACCACGGAAUAGCCAACUCCAACCUGCGCUGCCACAUGCUCUUCUAAACGGGAUACUGACUCUAUACGCGCCUGCGUCUUUUUUCAGAGCAAUUAUUGCGACGUGAAACUCCAGUGUCGCCAAACGAAUACUAAGAAAAUAACAAUUGCUCGAUUAUCACGACAGGCGCUUAGUCAGUAUACGUUCGCUCUACGAACUCAAUCCGAAUGAAUGAAUGAAAUUAGACGUGCAACGGACUGAAAUGAGAAAGUCACGCAGGUUCUGUGAAGGCUUAUACAAAAUUAAUGGCACAAGGGAGGCGAAUAAAUAUAUCAAAAAUUAAUAUGAAAAAAUUACUCACAAAGCAUACCUACUGCCCAAUAAAUCGGUUCUCGAAAUGAAUCGUCCCACUUCUCCACCGGGAUUUUAUGGGUAGUCAAACAAAUUUUGGAAAUUGUUUUCUAGAAUAUAGGAAUUACCAAUUUUACCAGUAGUGGUGACUGAAUUUUAUAACAAUGUUCUACUUUUACUAAAACAUCAUAAAUUAAUCUAAAACAUUUUAAAUAAACUCAUAAAUUCACGAGUAAAAUUCGCAGGUAGGUUUGUUCGAUACAUCAAGAUUAAACGAAUAGAACUAGAAUGUAAAGUCGCGACGAUAACAUAGUUUUGCUAACAUAGAUUGGCAUUGGUGCUACGGGUAACUGAUCAUCAUUAAUAUUAUUUUUAACAUUCGAUCGCUUUCAAAUUAGCAUCACUAAAGUUACUUUAGAGCUUCGCGUACAUUUCAUUAAAGAUUUCGCGUCAUCCAUGUGCCAUCAACGUUGCAUCGAGUACUAUUUAAUACGCGGGUCAUCUCAUCCCAGGUCGUUGUAUCGACGGUAGACUUAGAUAGGCCCUAGAGCAUCAUCACGACAGCGGUAGAGCAGAGCUUGUAGCACGCGGCGCUCACUGAGCAAGCUGUUUGCAAUAACGAUCAACAUCAACAUCAACAAUCGACUGACACAAUACUUUUCACCGAAAUCAAUGAAGAAUGCCAAUGAUGACAUAUAAUAUGUUACAGUAUUAAUAAUGAAACCCUAAUAAAAGUGAUAACAUAAAAUUUCCCACCAUCCUCAAUUAUUAUAGACCAGUUUGCUUGGUAAAGAAAACAUAGGAGCGCCUAGCAUGUCAUUCCACAAGGUAGUUAAGCGGUGAGUUUAGGAGGUUAUGGCGGAGAGGGAUUUAGCCCACUCUUUUAUUUAAUGUAUACAAAUAGAUAAUUAAUUGGUGUGUGCAAUAUAAAUUUUAUGUUAGAUGUUAGUUAUUAAUGACCCUGUGUCAGUUUUAUGUCAGUCCUAAUCGAUAGAUUUCAGUAAAGAUAAAAAAAACAUGGCUAUUAGUUGCUUUGCUUUUGAGUAAAAUGCAAUAGCUGAAAUUACAUUCAGUCCUUUCAAUAACUAAAGGUCAAAAACCUUAUCAGCGGAUAGCAACAAUAUGGGCGUAUUGUAAAAGGUGAUAUUAUGAAAGUAAUGAUGAAGAGACUGAAUGGAAAUUUUCUUUCGUUUCUCAAUUGUAUUCGGCUAUGGAAAAUAAUAUUAAUCAGUCAUUGUCGUUCUCGCUGAAGCUUGUAAUCGAUGUACAUGUGUAGAUAAUGAAUUGUCACUACUAUAUAACCCACAAAUGUACCUAUUUAAUACAUAAGUGUUGUAACCAGUCAUAUUUAAUGUUUUAUCUGAGAUGCAUUUAAAUUGUAAAUAUAUAUAUAAUGUGCUCGUUCAAUAUUACAUAAGCUGUAAAUACGAGUAACUGUAAAAUAAUUAUAUAUUUAUUAUAUUUCAAGUUAGUGCCAAAAGCAUACAAUCCUUCAAAACUAUGUAUUGUACAGUACCUAUAAUAGACAAAUGCAGUUUUCUAUUCCGAAAUUAUAGACCGCUAUUUCACAAGAUACGCUUUUUAAUAUUAGGAUUUGUAUAAUUAGCUAUGUAAAUUAACAAAAUAUAAACGGCAUAUUUAUAAUUUAUUUUUAAAAUAUAUUUUAUUGUAAAAAUAAUAUUAUCCAUUAAGAAAUUGCAUGUUCUAUUCAUAAUAUAUGUAUAGCUUUUAGAUCAUUUGAAACCAUCAAAACUUAACUUUAAUUUGAAAAUUAAAAAAAAAAUGUUAUAUUUUAUCAUUCGGACGGUUAUCUUUUCAAAUUGAUGUACUCAAUUAACUAAAAAAUCUAUGAUAAUUAUUAAUUACUUAUAAUA